AUGGGGCUGUACCCCAGCUCUGGUUUCCAGAAUGGAGGAGCCACUGUCAAUGGAGAUGUCUUUCAGGAGUCCAACGGCCCCACAGACGCCUACGCAGCCAUAGCCAAGGCUGAUCGGCUGACCCAGGAACCUGAGAGUAUCCGCAAGUGGAGGGAAGAGCAGAAGAAGCGCCUGGAGGAGCUGGAUGCGGCAUCAAAGGUGACUGAGCAGUAAUGGCGUGAGAAGGCCAAGAAGGACCUGGAGGAGUGGAAUCUGCGUCAGAAUGAGCAGAUGGAGAAGAACCGGGCAAACAACAGGAUCGCUGACAAAGCCUUUUACCAGCAGCCGGACGCCGAUGUGAUUGGCUAUGUGGCCUCGGAGGAAGCAUUCCUGAAGGAGUCCAAGGAGGAAACUCCGGGCUCCGAGUGGGAGAAGGUGGCCCAGCUCUGUGAUUUCAACCCCAAGAGCAGCAAGCAGAGCAAGGAUGUCUCGCGGAUGCGCUCGGUGCUCAUCUCCCUCAAACAGACGCCCCUGUCCCGCUAG